AUGGCGGCGGCGGGCGCGGGGGCCGGGCCCGGGCCCGGCGCGGGACCCUCGGCCGGCGCCGGUGCGUCCAACCCGCGCAAGUUCAGCGAGAAGAUCGCGCUGCAGAAGCAGCGGCAGGCGGAGGAGACCGCGGCCUUCGAGGAGGUCAUGAUGGAGAUCUGCUCCACACGGCUGCAGGCACAGAAGCUCCGCCUGGCCCACAGCCGCGGCCCCUUCUACAGCGGCUCCCUGCCCAACGUCAACCAGAUCGGCACCGGCGUUCCCGAGUUCCAGGGCCCGUCCCCGCUGGACUCCACGCGGAGCACGCGGCACCACGGGCUGGUGGAGCGCGUGCAGCGGGACCCCCGCCGCAUGAUGUCCCCCCUGCGCCGCUAUGUCCGGCAGAUCGACAGCUCUCCCUACGGACCCACGUACCUGUCGCCUCCGCCCGAGCCCAGCUGGAGGAGGACCAUGCCCUGGGGCAAUUUCCCGAUGGAAAAAGGACAUUUAUUCCGGCUGCCCUCGGCUCUCAACAGGACGAAUUCCGACUCGGCGCUGCACACGAGCGUGAUGAACCCCGCGCCCCAGGACUCCUACCUGGGCCCCUCGCAGGCCGGGCCCCCCCCCGGCCGCCGUGCUGGUUUCCUGGACGGGGACUCGGACAGCAAAGUGUUUCUUUUCCAAGUGCCUCCCAUCGAAGAGAACUUCGAUGACAACAAGCACUCGCUGAAGCCCUGGGACACCAAGAAGCUCUCGUCCUCCUCGGCCCGGCCACGCUCCUGCGAGGUGCCGGGAAUCCACAUAUUCCCAUCCCCGGAUCAACCUGCCAACGUGCCCCUCAUGCCCUCGGCCCUCAACACGGGGGGGUCCCUGCCCGACCUGACCACGCUGCACUUCCCGUCCCCCCUGCCCACCCCCCUGGACCCCGAGGAGGCCCCGUACCCGCCCCUGAGCGGGGGCAGCAGCACCUCCAACCUGGCCACCACCAUGACCCACCUGGGCAUCAGCGGUGGCGGCGGCGGCGGCGUCGGGCUGGGCUACGACCCCCCAGGACUCCCCUCACCUCUGCAGAGCUCCCUGAGUAACCCGUCCCUGCAGUCCUCCCUGAGCAAUCCCAACCUCCAGGCCUCCCUGCGCAGCCCCUCCCUCCAGGCCUCCCUCAGCAACCCCUCGCUCCAGUCCUCCCACAGCAGCUCCUCCAUCCCCUCCUCCCUCUCCAACCAGUCCCUGCCUUCCUCCCUGUCCUCCUCGCUCUCCAACCCCUCGCUGCCCACGUCCCCCCGCAGCCAGCCCCUGCAGUCCUCGCCCAGCAACCCCAGCCUGCCCUCGGGGCUGGGGGGCUCCUUCGCGGCCACCUCGCCGCGCCGGCGGGUCCCGCUCAGCCCCCUGUCCCUGCCCGUGGCCGGCGACUGCAGACGGCAGCACCCCAAACAGUUCUCACCAACAAUGUCACCCACAUUGUCCUCCAUCACCCAGGGCGUCCCCCUGGACACCAGCAAGCUGCCGGCGGAGCAGCGGCUCCCGCCGUACCCCUACGGGCAGCCGGGCAUGCUGCUGGGCUCACAGCCCCCCCCGCGGGGCCCCGCGCCCCCCCCGCGCCCCUACAACCCCCCCUACGCCCCCGGCACCGCCCUGGGGCAGCCCCUGGCCCAGCCCCACGGGGACUUCGGCCUGGGCAGCCUGGAGCAGUUCGGGAUCGGGGAGAGCCCCCCCGGGAACAGCGGAGGGUUCCCCGAGGAGCUGGGGGCCCUGAGUUACCCCCCGAGCGAGGGGGGCUACGAGCCCAGCCCCGGCCUGAACCGCCCGAACCUGAGCAACUGCAGCCGCCACGGCCCCAUCCCCAACAUCAUCUUCACAGGCGAGUCCCCCCCCGGGCUGUCCAAGGAGAUCGCCACGGCGCUGGCGGGGGUCCCGGGCUUCGAGGUGGAGGGGGGCUCUUUGGGUGGGCUGGGGGGUCUGGAGGAGGAGCUGCGCAUCGAGCCGCUGACGCUGGACGGGCUGAGCAUGCUGAGCGACCCCUGCGCGCUGCUCACCGACCCCGCCGUGGAGGAUUCCUUCCGCUCCGACCGCCUGCAGUGAGCCCGGGGGGGCUCCGGGGCCGCGCCCCCCGCGCCAUCCCCGCGGCCCGCUGAGACACCGGGAAAACACCGGGAAAUCCCCGGGAAAUCCCCGUGAAAUCCCCGGGAAAUCCCCGGAAAAGCGGGCACGGGCUGCGCUCCGGGCACCCCAAACCCGGCUGGAGGGGCUGCGGUUGCCCCCAGCGAACCCAAGCGCUGCGACCCCUCCCCAAUUCCCGCUCCGGGACUGCCCCUCCAGGCGCUGCUGUCCCAGGAACGCGCUGGGAAUAUUGGGGAGGGGGUUUCUGUCAAGGGCUCCUCCUGCUCCAUCCCACUCCAGCCAGCCUGGGGGAGGGUCCCCAGCACCACGAGCCCACCCCCCAGUUUUGCCCCCAGCCCCAACCGGGGCCACUUAGAGCCGGGAGAACUGAGGAGGGGGAGACAAUCCAUGCCUGGGGAGCUCCACCCAGCGCCCCCCUCCCCUAAUUCCCAACCCCCAGACCCGACCAGGCACUGUUCUCCUGGGAAAAACCCUGGGAAAAAAAUAGGGGAGGGGGCGCAAUGCAGGCACCCCCGGCCCCCCAAAACCCCGGCUGAGGGGUCCCGGCCCCCCCCCGGGGUGGCUGUACAUAACCCCGUAGGUAGAGACCCCCGGGGGGGCUGGGGGGGGCCGCUUCUGCCUUUACUUUAUCAUUUUUCCGGCUAAUCAUCAUGUUUAAGGAGAAAUCCCGCUCCCCCCCGCCCCAUAUGUACCCCCAGCCCCCUCCCCAAAUUACCCAGCUGCCGGGGACGUGUAGAAAGCACUUGUAACUUUGCCCCCCCGCCCCAAAAUUGCCCCCCCGGGGGAGCACGGGGGGGGCCCGUCCGCGGGUGGGGGGCCCUGGGCCCCCCCC